CCUGUGUCCACAGCAAACUUGAGAAUGAGCAGGUUCUGGCUCUGAAACCACACCACUCUGACACAGCUCACAAGAGAUAUAUACCAGGCCAAGGUACAGGUCAGAUCUGUGGAGAAACAAACCCACGCAGCUGUGCUCUGAACCGGCCUGAGAGGGUGGAGGCUCCAGAGGGACAGACAGGGCACCUGGGCAAAGAGGAGGAACUCAGCCUGUAGACCAAAUACGAGGAACAAAGACACCACCGGAACUCAGGCUCCCGCCACCGCAAACCACACAAAAGACAGCCAUGGAACGAGAUGCUCUGAUGGACUACGAGUAUCCAGACUUGGAGCCUCUGCCCACUGUCGCCCAGCAGGAAAUCAUUCCGCCGUGCAAUCCUACGGCAGAUGACAAACUCUACCACAUCUGCAUCACCGCCAUAUCUGUGGUGAUUAUGUUAAUACUUGCCAUUUUAGCUCGAAAAAACAGAUCUGCCAACAAACAGAAAGGCCUGGUGGGGUUACUCAGCCCGGUGAACUUCCUGGACCAUACACAGCACAAGGGGCUGGCAGUCGCUGUGUUUGGAGUCCUUCUGUGUCGUCUGUUUGGGCUGCUCCUUUCUGACGACCCUCUGCCCUUCACCUCUCAAACGGCGCAUAAACAGAACUGGGUGAUCCUGGGCGUGUUCUACUACCCCGGCCUGUACUACCCGCUGCUGACAUGUGGCACUUUACACAAUAAAGUGGGCUAUGUUCUGGGCAGUCUGCUGUCGUGGACCCACUUUGGAGUCCUGGUGUGGCAGAAGAUAGACUGCCCCAAAACCCCCCAGAUCCACAAAUACUUCUCUCUUUUCUCCAGUUUUCCUCAAAUCGCCUGUUUGGCAUUCCUCAGUUUCCAGUAUCCACUGUUGCUGUUCAAGGGGCUCCAGGGCAUAGACCAGGACAAUGCGACCGAGGACCUGAACAGCAGCUACUAUAAGGACUACGUCAAGGACCUGUUGAAGAAGAAAAGGCCCAAUAAAAUCAGCACAUCCGGUGACUCCCCGAGACUGUCCCAGAGGCUUGUAGACGCAGUGAGGUCAUACAUUUACACUCCAGAGGACGCAUUCCGUUUCCCUUUGAAAUUGGCCAUCUCCUGCGUUGUGGCCUUUAUAACUCUGUACCAGAUGUGUCUGCUCCUGAUUCUCUCUGUGGUCCCGACGCUGCAGAUCGCUCGUAUGGGAGUGGAUCUAGAUAUUGCCAAAGUUUUAUCUGGUUUCAAAAUCGAACUGGCUCAAGACAAACACGAGGUGAUGCGGCUGGUCAUCUUCUACAUGUGGUGUGUUGAAGUGUGCUACAUUUCGGCUCUCACGCUGUCUGCUCUGGUGAACCUGGCCAUGCUCAUGCGUUCUAUGGUUCUACACAGGUCUAACUUGAAGGCACUGUACAGAGGAGACGUGUAUAGUGUGUAUAACUGUCAGAGGAGGAUCCGCCCCUCGAGGCCUGCUCUUGUCUGCUGGAUGGGCUACACCAGCUUCACAGCAGCUCACACUGUGGUCGCCGUUCUCAUCCAGACUCUAGUGUUCUUCCUCUCUCUGCUGGUGGCCGUCUUCCUCGUCAUCAUCCCCAUCCUGCACGGUCAGAACCUGUUCCUGUUCCAGGCCCUGUGGGGCAUGUGGCCCUUCUGGCUCAUGAUCGUUCUGGUGCUGCUGCUUCAACACAUCAGUGCCAGGUUUUGUUUCAUAAAGAAAACAUCUGGAACACGAGACCUAGACCACAGGCCUAAUCUUUUCCUAAUGACAUACCUGCUGUUUCCGGUCAGCGUCCUGGUGGGGGCGCUCCUGGCUGCCUGGCGCGUGCUCAUCACUGCCGUCUUCAACAUAGUCCACAUGGGACGCAUGGACAUUAGUCUGCUGAACCGCAGUGUGGAGGCAUUUGAUCCAGCCUACCGCUGCUACGCUCAUUAUCUGAAGCUUGAGGUGAGCCAGUCUCACCCGGUGGUGAAGGCCUUCUGCGGGCUGUUGCUACAGAGCGGGGGCCUGGACAGCGCCGCCCAGAGGCCCAGGGACGCAGAGGAAGGAAUCCAGCUGGUACAAAAGGACAAGAAAGUGCACAAAGUGUCCAGUGCCAAGCGCGCGCGCGGACGCUGGCAGCUUCUCUACACUCUGGUGAACAACCCCGCACUAGUGGGCACGAGGAAACACUUUCAGCGCCAUAGCGCGGGCCGCUUUAUCAACGGCAGCCUCAGCAAGAACAUCAAGGAGGGGAGCAAGAAGGAGGCAUCGAGCAAGGAGGCAUCGAACAAGGAGGCAGAGGCCUGAACCUAAGACCGCGAACACCGCUGCGCGCGCGGCUGAUGGAAACACAAACUGGAACACACUAAAACAACACCGAGCACUGCUUUUGUUUUCUAGGCCUAAGUAAAACGAUGCUUCAGUCCUUUCUUCCUUAGCCUCUGAAGGUUUCAUCUGGACUUUUAGGCUCAUUGUUUUCUCCAGUGUUACUGUGAUAAUAAGGCGUUUGACUGACACACUGUGAUUUUCAGGUUUUAGGCCUUUGGGUUUUUUGAAUAAACCUGUGGAACAGACUCGAUUCUUAAUUGUCUGCCUCAUGUUGGAAUAACACGUUUAGACAAGCUCCUUCCAAAUGAAGAGUGUUUCUUUUCACUGAACAAAUA